UUUUUUUUUCCAAUCCCAGAGACUGGAAUGAGCCUCCCUGAGCUGUCUUUCCCUCCCUUCAGGACUCCCACCAGGACCCAGGAUUCCUUUCGUCAGUUGCACCACCAACUGAAAAUGAAAACUGAAAAGAGGGAUUAAAUCCUGAGACCAUAUGGAAAAUAGAUCUGUGUCCUCAAUACUGACUUGCUUUCCCAUGAAAAUCUGUGUGUUUAAUAACAGUUGGUAUUUGUAUAAUCUGGGACAAAGAUGACUUCCUCAAAAGAUGUCCUGAGAAAAAAUCUGAAGCUAAUCCAUGGCUGUCCCAUCACUUAUGCUUUUGCAAACAACUGGGAAAAGAUUGAACAGUUCCAAAGCAGACCAGAUGACAUCGUGAUAGACACUUAUCCCAAAUCAGGUACAACUUGGAUCAGUGAAAUUGUGGACAUGGUUCUACAUGAUGGGGAUAUUGAAAAAUGUAAGCGAGAUGUUAUAACUGCUAAAGUUCCAAUGUUGGAACUGGCUUUUCCUGGACUAAGGACUUCAGGUUUAGAACAACUGGAGAAGAAUCCAUCACCCCGGGUUGUGAAAACACAUCUGCCAAUUGAUCUCAUUCCUAAAUCUUUCUGGGAAAACAACUGCAAGAUCAUUUAUCUGGCUCGAAAUGCCAAGGAUGUUGCUGUCUCAUUUUACCACUUUGACUUAAUGAAUAAUUUGCAGCCUCUUCCUGGAACCUGGGGAGAAUAUCUAGAGAAAUUCUUGACUGGAAACGUGGCCUAUGGUUCCUGGUUUAAUCAUGUUAAAAGUUGGUGGAAGAAAAAGGAAGAACACCCAAUACUUUUCUUAUUCUAUGAAGAUAUGAAAGAGAAUCCAAAGCAAGAAAUCAAGAAGGUUGUUCGAUUUCUAGAGAAAAACCUGGAUGAUGAGAUCUUGGAUAAGAUAAUCCAUCACACAUCAUUUGAAAUGAUGAAGGACAACCCUCUAGUGAAUUAUACACAUCUGCCAAGUGAAGUGAUGGACCACAGCAAGUCCUCAUUUAUGCGCAAAGGGAUUGCAGGUGACUGGAAGAAUUAUUUCACAGUGGCCCAAAAUGAGAAAUUUGAUGCCAUUUAUAAGAAGGAAAUGUCUGAGACUGAACUUCAGUUCCGUACAGAGAUUUAAGGAACCUAAACUGAAAAUCUGAAGAAGUCUGAUCUGCAGUUUGGUGAAAUAAGGACAGCUAGGAUUUAAUUUGGGCAAUUGAAUGGUUUUAUAAAGGAAAAAAAAAAUGUGCUUCUAAGCUUUGGUUUUUCAAUGUGGUUAAUCAGGUCCUCACUCACUCUGAGAGAGUCCCUAAAAUAAGAACAAACUGUUACCUUUUCAUAAACUCUUCCUGCCUUUUCCUUGUGGUUUAAAAUUAAGUUCUACUCCCUACUAACAUGGCUCAAGAAAUGCUGCUUUAACACUGGUACUAUGUUUCCUAGCUCUGCCCCAGUUUCCCUUUCCUGAAAAUUUGACCCAGGACACUUUGUGCCUUUACUGUCUGUCUUCGGGAUUUCAAGUUGUUCCGUGAGUCAUAGCUCAUCCGGCCUUGCCUCUCUUGCAAUUAUAUGAUUCAUGUCUCAGAUAGUAUGGUUCAGGUUUUGGAAAUGUUGUUUCUAUACCUGAUUUCUGUUUAUCCAAAUUUCUAAAUUCUGAGUAUGUAAUUUUCAAGUCUCCAAAGAUGAAAGAUCAUCAUUAGUCUCCCUACGGCUAUUCCUUGGGAAUAGGAGCUCCGCUCUGAGCACCUAAGCUGAGGGCUGGAACCUACUUCCUAUGGAGAGUUCUUCCAGAAUUCAACAGCUUCCUAUGAUUUCCUGAGAAUUUCCUAUUGCCAUGAUAUGGUUACAUUUGGGAGCAUCUUGGUUUCUUCAUCUUGUAUCUGAACAGAUGCGAAUCCCUUAAUAAUACUUUCAAUAUUUCAGAUAUAAUCAUAUCUACCAUUAAAACUUUCCCCAUCUGGUGCCUACAAGAGAUUCUCUAGGCUGAAUGUCCACCACACCUUCCCAACCCAAUGUCUUUUCCACCCAUUUUUCUACUCUUAGGUCUAUCUGUUGGUCUCUUUGAUGGAUUUUUCCUUGGAAUAUAAGUCUUUUAGUAAAUAUGUGUAAGUUUUAAGGUCAACUUUUACAAGAGAUGUCUCAUUACAAGAGAUCUCUUACAUCUAAGAGAUAUAUUAGCAUUCUUUUAUUUUUAAUUGAACAUAGCUGAUUUACAAUAUUAUGUUAGUUUCAGAUAUAUAGCAUUGUGAGUCAAUUUUUUAUAGACUGUACCCCAUUUAAAGCUAUUGCAAAAUAAAGACUAUCUCUCUCUGUGCUGCACAAUACAACCUUGUUGCUUAUUUAUUUUACACAUUGUAGUUUGUAUAGUUUAAAUACAUACCACUAUUUUGUCUGUCCAUACUUCUCUCUCCUGGUAACCACUAGUUUGUUCUCUAUAUCUCUGAAUCUGUUUCUGUUAUGUUAUAGUCUUUUGUUUUACUUUAUAGAUUCCACUCAUGAGGGAUGACAUAGAGUAUGUGUCUUUCUCUGUCUAACUCAUUUCACUAAGCAUAAUGCUCUCUAAGUGUAUUUACACUGUUGCAAAUGUCAGAAUUUCAUUGCUUCUAUGACUCAGUACUAUUCCAUUGCUUCUACUACUUUGUACUACGUAGUACGACUGAGGCAUACGACUCAGUACUAAUAAACAUGGAAUAUUUAUCCAUUCAUCAUCUUAUUUACACACUCAUCAGUGGAAGAACACAGGUUGUGUCCACAUCUCACGUAUUAUAAACGCUGCUACAAACAUUGGGGUGCAUGUAUCUUUCAAAUUAGUGCUUUUGUUUUCUUUGGAUUUAUACCCAACAGUGGGAUUCCUGGAUCACAUGGGCCUUCUAUCUUUAGUUUUUUGAGGAAACUCUAUACUGUUUUCCACAGAGUCUAUGCCAGUUUAUUUUCCCACCAAAAGUGUACACUAAGGUUUCCUUUUCUCCUCAUACUCAUCAAAACUUGUUAUUUCUAGUCUUUUGAGUGAUAGCCUUUCUGAUAAGUGUGAGAUAUCUUCUUGUGUUUUUUGUUUCUGAUGAUUAGCAAUGUUGAACUUAAAAAAAAAUCUUUUUAUUAUUUAUUUAUUUGUUAUUUUUUAAAAUUUUGGCUGCUCUGGGUUUUAAAUCUUGAUUGUUGUGCUUGGUUGUGCUUUUUGUUACAGCAUACAGACAGCAUACAACUUUCUCUAGUUGUGGUGAAUAACUUGUAUUAGAAAGCAGAUUUUUUUGCCCCUGGACUACCAAGGACAUACCUGUUGAGCUUUUUCUUUUUCUUUUCCUGUUGGAACUCAAUAUAUCUUUUUUGGAAAAAUGUCUAUUCAGGUCUUCUGCCAUUUUUGAUUCAGUUCUUCUUCUUCUUCUUUUUUUUUUUUUUGGAUACUGAGUUGUAUCUGUGUGUAUAUUUUGGAUAUUAAUCCCUUAUUGGUCAUAUAAUUUGGAAAUGUUUUCUCCCAUCCUCCCAGUAGGUUGUCUUUUCAUUUUAUCUAUGAUUUCCUGUGCUGUACAAAAAUUUUUUAAGUUUAAUUAGGUCCCAUUUACUUAUUUUUAUUUCUUUUGUCUUAGGAGACAGAACCAAACAUAUCAGUAUAUAUAUAACUUCUAUGGAUUCUGUCAGUGUUUUGCCUGUAUUUUCUUCUAAGAGUUUUAUGGUUUCAGGUCUUACAUUUAAGUCUUUGGAAGAAAAUCACAGUCUGUAGCUCACACUUAAUAAGCAGGAAGUAACACUUUAUUUACCUAAAAGUGAAGUAUUUACAGAAAUUAAAAUCUAUCUAUGUGAGGGGUUUUUAAAUUCUCAAUCACUUAUUAACUGAAUGAUUUAUUCAAAUCAUUAAGGACUCCUAUUAUACUUUUGGUUAUGUCACUAAUACUAUAUUUCCUUGCUCAAAUUGUUCCAGUUUGUUUGUUGGGAGCUCUUUUAGUUGGUUUCAGAAUACUUUUGACAUAUUCCCAUUAUUGUAGAGUUUUUUUAAUUCACUUAUUUGUUUUGAGCAUUUUAUUAAUGUCUGGCACUGUGAAAUGCUCCAGGCUCAUCUUGUAUAUUCUGCGUCUUAGUUGUAGAAUCAACCAUUUCUCUAAGAAGCUCUAGUUCCCUUUUUUGGAGAAUUAAUAAAAAUCAAGCUUUUGGUUCUAGAUGUGUUUAUUAUUUCUCUGUUGUCAUUGAUCCUAAGCCCUCUUAGCUAACAGAACAAAGAGUUUGAUGUGUGUAUACUGUGUAUAUUUAUAAAUGGUUCUAUAGGUAGCUAUCUGUAUCAUUAUUAAGUAAAACAGAGUUCACACUGAUGUCUCCAACAAGUAAUCCUUUAGGGAUCAUAAUUAUUAUUAUAUAUUAUAUUUUAUUGCAAUUUUUAUUGAUCAUUUAUUUAAAAAAAUUAUAUUGAAGUAUAGUUGAUUAUGGAGAAGGAAAUGGCAACCCACUCCAGUAUUCUUGCCUGGGAAAUUCCAUUAACAGAGGAGUCUGGCAGGCUACAGUCCAUGGGAGUUGCAAAGGAGUUGGACAUGACUAAGUGACUAAACAGGAGCAAUAACAUAGUUGAUUCACAAAGUUGUAUUAGUUUCAGGCGUACAGCAAAUUGAAUCAGUUAUACAUACAUAUGUAUACUUUUAAAAAUUCUUUUUCCAUUUAGGUUAUUAUAGAAAACUGAGUAGAAUUCCUUAUACUAUACAGUAGAUUCUUGUUGGUUAUCUAUUUUAAGUUUAGCAGUGUGUACAUUUAUUAAGUGUCAGACAAUCUUGUAGAAGUAUUAAUAUACUCAUUUUGAGAGGAAGACACUGAAACUUUGAACUAAAAUUCAAAGCUAUGUUUGCUUGACUCUAAACGUCAUUCUUAAUCACUAUAUGAUACUACAUAGAAUUGCAUAAAAAUAAUCUUCAGAUAUUACAUGCUUAACUACCUCUCAAAAUAUUCUCAUAAAUAUAAUUAGAUAAUGAUGCCCAAGCUGACAAUAUAAAGGUUCCAUGCUUCAUCCAGUCUCAGAAUCCAGCCGUUGAAGGGACACUGACUGCAAACCUAUAAGAAAGGAAGAGAACAAGCUGUCAUAAAUCUUAUGCAGAAACUUCCCGUGCAACUUGAAUGAACAUGAGAGGAAAAGGAGCAGAAAGAACAAAAUAUUUCCUCACGGCUUGUAUCUUCUGUACCUCCUCCCUUCUGCUGCUGCUAGUGGUACAAGCACCAAAAUUCCUGAACUUAUUCGAAUUAUUUGUAAAGAAAGGAAAGUUCUCAGGGUUCUCCCUGGAGAUUUUGAUAAGAUAGGCUGGACAAGGCCCCAGAUUAUGCAGUCUUCAUAAAUAUCAAAGGAGAUUUAAUGGCUGUAUUAUCUAUUAUAUUUUCAUGUGAUAAAGAUUAGCUAGCUUUCUUUUUCAAGUAAGAUAAAUUAGAUGGCUAGGUAAAUAGGUAAUGACAUUCCUUUUGUACUGAUUAAAUUCAUACUUGAAAAUGCAAAAAAUAAAUAAAUAAAACUUAAACUCAGGGGUAAAAUAUAAUUUGAAAAGAGGAAGGAAGUUAAUCGAAUUAUACAACUCAGCACUGGGCCUUUAGCCAAAUGUGCACUGUGUUUCAAAAUAAAAGAAAUGGAUAACUUUUCAA